AUGACAACGACUUCUGCGCCUCGUCCCAAACCUCAACUUCAACAUCCGCAGAAUCGUUUGGGUGAGCCUCGUCUGGUCACAUCUCCUAUCUCGCAGCCGCUGGGGGUUCAAGGACAUACAACGAACGUACAAGAUAUCUCUGAGUCGAUUUCGAAACUGAACGUCACCAUCGCCAGCAGGGUCAAAGCUCGGUCAACUCCCAAAAGCAAGACCUCCCCAAAAGGCAAGAAUACGAAGAAGAUGGACGACCGCCGAGAUGUAAAGUCCGCACCUUCGCGGGCAUCAGGAGGCAUUCCCUCCGCAUCCCCCCAAUACCUCGCAAACUGCGAAGGCUUCGCGCAACCUAUCCCAACCCCACAACACCUCCUCGUGGUGAUCGACCUAAACGGCACCAUCCUCUUCCGUCCCAACCGCAAGAACCCGCACAAGUUCGUCGCGCGCCCUCACGCCCUACGCUUCCUACAGUACUGCAUCGACACCUUCAACGUCGUCAUCUGGUCCUCGGCGCGCCCCGAGAACGUAAACGCCAUAGUCGACUCCAUCCUCUCGCCCUCGCUCAAAGAGCGCUGCGUCGCCAUCUGGGGCCGCGACAGAUUCAACCUCACGGCCGCCGACUACAACAUGCGCGUGCAGUGCUACAAGCGUCUCAACACCAUCUGGUCGGACCCUGGCAUCGCGCGCAGCCAUCCGGAGUUCCAGAACGGCGCGAGUUGGAAUCAGAGCAAUACAGUGUUGGUGGAUGACUCGGUUGAGAAGGGCCGUAGUGAGCCGUUCAAUAUCGUUCCGCUGCCAGAGUAUUUUGGGAAUGAGAAUGAGAGGAGUGACAUCCUGCCGCAGGUGCAUGAUUAUCUGAAUCAGCUGAGUUUGCACUCGAAUGUGAGUGCUUAUAUGCGGUCACACCCGUUCAUGGCUCAAGCUGCGGCUCAGGGUCCUCCGCCUGGCUACACCGGGAGAUGA